AUGCAGGUCAAUAAUUCCUCGUCGUGUGGAAGCUCCACGGUCGUCCUGGAGAUGCCCUUGAGAUCUCACCAGCCGGAGGAGUCAGGAAAGAGCCCGCCUGUCUACGAGGACAUAUCAGCCGGAGCCUUGCCCGCUCCCUCGACUGCUACGCCUCAAUUACAGAAAUGGAACUCUCCCAGAAUCAACAUGUGGCGCUGUCUCGGGACCUUCUAUUCCUUUAUCAUCUUAGGUGCCAAUGAUGGUGCAUACGGAGCUUUGAUACCCUACCUCGAAACAUUCUACGGGGUCAAUUACACAGUUAUCAGUCUCAUCUUUCUGUCGCCAAUAGUGGGUUAUACGAUGUCUGCACUUUUGAACAACUACAUUCAUACAAUAUAUGGACAAAGAGGUGUUGCGUGGAUCAUGAGCACCUCCCAUUUGUGCGCUUAUACUAUCAUAUGUGUUCAUCCGCCUUAUCCUGUUUUGGUAAUAGUGUUUAUUCUUGCCGGGUUUGGCAACGGCUUGGGCGACAGCGGAUGGAAUGCCUGGAUUGGUGACAUGGCCAAUCCAAACGAAGUGCUUGGCUUCUUACAUGGCUUUUACGGUCUUGGUGCAGCCCUCGCUCCUCUAAUUGCGACAACACUAGUUACCCAAGCGGGCUGGCGGUGGUACGAAUUUUACUAUCUCAUGGUGGGUGCAGCAUUUAUUGAGGUCAUAGUUCUUGUGGGGACUUUCUGGAAAGCAGAUGGUCGGGCCUAUAACGCCGAGCACCCUCAGACUGCCGACCUCGAUACCUCAGAAUCAAGCACUCCGACCACCUCGGAUAAUGCGGUCGCCGCUAGUCAAGUCGACAAGAAACAAAGCAUUUUUUCAAGGCUCAAUCCACGUGGCAAAAGAGCAAAGGGCAAGAGCAAGACUCUGGAGGCGGUCAAGCAAAGAGUAACCUUGAUUGCCUCGGUGUUUCUGCUUAUAUAUGUGGGUGUCGAAGUCAGUGUUGGCGGUUGGAUCGUGACCUUUAUGUGGCGUGUCAGGAAAGGCUCGCCGUUUGCCUCUGGGCUCACAUCGAUGGGCUUCUGGCUCGGGAUCGCCGUCGGUCGAUUGGUACUCGGUUUCGUUACCGCUCGGUUGUUCAGAUCGGAGAAGCACGCGGUCGCCGUGUACUUGUUGUGCAGCGUGGCCCUCCAGUUGAUGUUCUGGCUCAUUCCGAACUUCGUCGUCAGUGCGGUCAUGGUUGGCUUGCUGGGCUUUUUCCUAGGACCUCUCUUCCCCGCAGCCAUUGUGGCGCUUACCAAAUUGCUCCCGAAGAAGCUGCACGUACCCGCUGUGGGGUUUGCCGCUGCUUUCGGAGCGAGUGGUGCAUGUGUCUUGCCGUUCGCUGUUGGAGCGAUUGCGAAUGCCAAAGGAGUCAAGGUGCUACAGCCCAUCAUUCUGGCUGCCUUGGUAUUAUGCCUGGCUGUGUGGUUGCUGAUUCCCAAGCUCCCGAAACAGAGAAUGGCCUGA